CUUAAUGUUUAAAAGUGGCGGGCGGAAACUGAAUGAAGUUAGCUCGUCUGGAAGCAAUUUAUUCGUAGUAUAAGUAAAUGUUAUUAUCUAUUUUCAAACAGAACUACUGCAUGACGUUUUAAGGAUUUAUUUUACGUCCAACUGGAAGCUUAAUAAAAGGCUCUUAACUGGACUCUUGCAUCAUGACGCAUGAAGAUGCGAAGGUGAUCCCAGUCCGGGUUGCCCUGCGGUGUCGCCCACUGGUGCCAAAAGAAAUCAGCGAAGGGUGUCAGUGCUGUCUCACAUUUGUCCCUGAGGAGCCACAGGUGAUUGUUGGCGCAGAGAAGGCUUUCACGUACGAUUAUGUGUUUGAUCCUGCCGCUGAGCAAGAAGAGGUCUAUAAAACAGCCGUGUCCCCUCUUCUCAUUGGGCUUUUCAAAGGUUACCAUGCCACUGUCCUCGCUUACGGACAGACCGGGUCAGGAAAGACCUUCUCGAUGGGAGGAACGUACACCUCCUCUCAGGAGAAUGAUUCCUCAGUCGGAGUGAUUCCACGUGUCAUCAGGAGAAUCUUUGAAGAGAGGCAGAGGAGGACAGACAGUGAAUUCAGCCUCACGGUUUCAUAUCUGGAGAUCUACAACGAGGAAAUCCUGGACCUGCUGUGUCCAUCUAAAGACAAACCUGGCAUUAAUAUUCGGGAGGACCCUAAAGAAGGCAUAAAGAUUGUUGGGUUGACUGAGAAGCGCGUGCUGUCUGGUGCUGAGAUGGUGAGUUGUUUGGAAGUUGGAAAUGCUGCACGGACGGUGGGUUCCACGGCCAUGAACGCCGCCUCGUCGCGCUCCCACGCCAUCUUUACCAUCACACUGGAGCAGCGCCGGAAAUCAGACAAAGCGGACUGCAUCGUUUCAAAGCUGCACCUGGUGGAUCUUGCUGGUUCCGAGCGACAAAAGAAAACGAAAGCAGAGGGAGAUCGUUUGAAAGAAGGUAACCACAUUUUUCUGCUCGACUCACUCGAUAGGAUGAAGUCAGUGCAGAAAAUCUUGUUUGUACCAGUUUGGAGUAAAAAGUGCGUGUUUUUGCUCUCAGACUCUCUGGGAGGAAACAGCCACACGCUGAUGAUCGCGUGCGUCAGCCCCGCCGACUCAAACAUGGAGGAAACCAUCAACACGCUGCGGUACGCCGACAGGGCUCGUAAGAUUAAAAACAAGCCCAUCGUCAACGUCGACCCCAAAGCGGCUGAAAUGAAACGGCUGAAACAGCAGGUUCAGGAGCUGCAGGUGAUGCUGCUGCACGCUCGAGGUGGAGUCGCUCCUGUGCUCUCCGGAGCGGAGUCAGCUGAGAAUGUGACCAAGCUGCUGGAGAGGAACCGCUCUCUGGAGGACGAGAACAACAAGCUGAGCAGAGAGCUGAGCGAAGCAGCCGGGCAGACGGCCCUCAUGUUUGAGAAGAUCAUCAUGACAGAACAAGCAAACGAGAGACUGCAAGGCAAGCUUGAAGAGCUUCAGCACCACGCAGCAUGUACAGUGGAUCUUCAGAAAGUACUGCAGACUCUGGAGGACCAGGAGCUGAAGGAGAACGUCGAGGUCAUGAAGAAUUUACAAGAUCUUAUCUUGGAGCUUAAGAAUGAGAGCGCAGGCAUGUCGGCCUCCAUCAACGCCAUGGUCGCAGGAGAAGCAGCUCCUGAAACGUCAGGAAGUGACGAUAAAAACUCUGAGUCUCAGACKAAUACUCCGGAGAACUUCACAGCCCAUCACGCACUGCGGCAAGCCCAGCUCUCCAAAGAACUGAUUGAGCUGAACAAAGUGUUGAGUUUGAAGGAAGCCUACAUGAGGAAAAUGUGUGAGAAUGACAGUCAGCUGGAGCCGAUGCAGUCGGAGCACCAGAAAACUGCCCAAGCUCUGCAGUCGUCAGUAGACUCGUUGCAGAAGGAGAAAGAGGAGCUGAUUUUAGCUCUUCAGUCGGCAAAAAAAGACACCAACCAGGCCAAGCUCAGCGAGCAGAGGAGGAAGAGGCUUCAGGAACUGGAGGCUCAGCUCGUAGACAUGAAGAAGAAACUCCUCGACCAGUCGAAACUGCUGAAACUCAAAGAGUCGUCUGCUCAGAAAGUCAACAAACUCAUGCAGGAGAUCCAGGCUAUGAAGAGCCAACGCAUCCAGCUGAUGAAGCAGAUGAGGGAAGACUCAGAGAGGUUCAGACAGUGGAAAAACAAGAAGGACAAGGAGGUCCUGCAGCUGAAGGAAAAGGAUCGUAAAAGGCAGUACGAGUUGGUCAAACUUGAGAGAGAUUUCCAGAAGCAAGCCAAUGUCCUGCGUCGUAAAACUGAAGAGGCUGCAGCAGCCAACAAGAGACUGAAGGAUGCUCUGCAGAAGAGAAGUGAGGUGGCAGAGAAGCGUAAAGAUGCUCAGAGCAGAGGCACUGAAGGAGCUGCUGCACGCAUCAAAACAUGGCUGCUGAACGAGGUGGAGGUGAUGGCGAGCACAGAGGAGGCCCGGCGCCACCUCAACGAUCUGUUGGAGGACAGAAAGGUCCUGGCUCAGGAGAUCUGCCAGCUCAAACAGCAGAUGGAAGCCGGCGAGAAUCCUGCUCGCAAAAUCAGGCGUCGGACUCUGAUCAUGUCUGAGCUGGAAAGACCGGGGGCGCUGGACACCCCCCUGUCCAAACAGGUGGAGAACCUGGAGACAGAAAUAGACCUCAGGAACGCUCAGAUAGCGGACCUGCAGCAGAAAGUCCUGGUCGCAGACGGCGAGGGUCGUUUAAAACAACGGAUCGACGGCAUCACGAGCAUCGUGGAAGCAAAGUGUGCUCUGCGCAUUCUCAUGUCUGAGCUUAUGUCGUCCAAAACGGCACACUCCAAGCUGGAGAGCGAGCUGAAGCAGGAGCAAGGCAACCUGCAGGACUUGAGGAAGAUGCUGAACGAUGAGAGGAACGUCAUGUCAGCCAUGGACGUGGAGCACCAGCUGCAGCUGGUGGAACUGGAGCAGAGGCACCAGGAGAAGGUUCUCUACCUCCUGAACCAGCUCCAGAACAAAACCAUCUGUGAGGUGUCCGAGGAAACGAAGGAGGAUGAGCAGAGCUCAAAGGAGAGGGAGCUUCUCCAACACCUCAAAGUUCAGGAAGAAGAGCUGGAAAAACUCCGGACUUUAAGUGAGCAGAACCAGAAACUAAUGGAACAGAAUGAACAAUACAGACAGAAACUCUCUUUGCUCAACUUGGCAAGUGAGAAGAAAGUUCUCGUGCCGACAACCAAGAACACAGAAAACUCCAACGACUCGUUUGAAUACGUUCCUCCCAAGCCGAAAGUGAAGCGCUACACCACAGCUAAAGCAAAGCUGAACACAACAAUCACAGUUGAAGAGCUGUUGUCGCCCAGCGAGGAUGAGAUCGAGGAGGAGGAGGACGAGUGGCGUCCUGAGAAAGUCGAGAAGGAGCGCAGGUCCUCGAGGAAAUCUAAAACCACCGGGUGUGCUUGUAAAGGUCGCUGCAGUAACAAGCUGUGCAGGUGUCGUAAAGGGAAGACGGCAUGUGGAGAGAACUGCCAGUGUGACCACGAGAGGUGUCGAAACAUGCACAACCAGGCGCCUGCCGAGGAUCCAGGUCCUGUAGAAGUGGUCUCCAAAGGCUCUGCACCUCUUCAGGAACCCACCUAUAACAGUCCUGAAACCACCUUCUUCAAGCCGCCGUCUUGUACGCCUACGAACAAGGUGCUGAAGGAAAUCGGAGAGCUGGGCCAUCCCACCCCAGAGCAGGUCGGGACAUCCAUCCAGGAGGAAGAGGAGAAGGAUGAAGACGAGGAGGACAGAAUGACCGUCAGCAUCAUAAAGAAAAAGAAACGACUCUUGACCAGUUUUCAGAACAGUUUUUUCUCCGGCUGCACUCCCAUCAGUGAGGAGCCCUAACAGGUCGUUUCUGCACUUCUUCUUAAUUACACGUUUGUUUCUGUUCGUUUUUAGUCGUUUUGUAUGUUAAUAAACUGUGUACUGUAACAAAGUAGCAACUAAUUCUAAUGUUUUUGUGGAAGAAAAAGAACUGAGGAGUUUUGAUGAAAUUUAAUAAAAAGGAACUUUUAAGUGGCUGCACAGAACUUUUAAUGAUUUAUGUCAUAAAUCUGAUUCAGAUGAUCCUCUUUACUUACUUUUUUUUUUUUUUUUUUUUUUUUUUAGUUUCACAGCCUAAUAAAGUCUUGGUCACAACUUUUAACAAAUCAUGUUUUACCUUUCUGUCUGUUCUUAUCCUGACUUCCUAAAUAAAAACUAGCUAUUUGUGUUCAUCUGUUAGGACUGAUCUUCUGCUUUCAGCUCCUUUUCUCAGACAGGAUGUGGUUUAUUAAAACGUACAGGACUACUGAAUAUCUUCAGAAAUGAACACUUUUCUUACCAGUCUCAGAAGGGGGGAAGAAUGUAAAUAAAAUUGUAAAUUGUCUGAUUUAAAA